CAUUCUCCAAAAAAUACUAAUUUAAAUUAUCGAUUAUUUGAAGGACUGUCGGAAUAUCUGCAAAAACUCCUCAUGCUACACCCGCACCCACCACCGGACGCUCGCACACUCAAAGUCGCGGUGAUCGGAUGUCCGAAUGCGGGUAAAUCCAGCUUGGUGAAUAUGCUCACCAAAUGGCGUGUGUGUGCUGUGUCCGGGAAGGCGCAUACAACUCGAUCCAAACAGAUGGCCGCGAUCACCAAGGAUAAUGUUCAGAUUGUGAGUUCCGGGCUCCCCUUAUCCGCUGUUUGUGAGAACGGGGGCCGCUUUUGUGCAUCGGCUAUUUUUCUUUUGCUCAAGGUGUAUUAUUAUUGUCUGAUGGAGUACAAUAAGUUUUUCUGUGAUCGGAGAAAAAACGGAUACCCUGAUCUUACUCGCGCCUCCUCCCACCCGAGUGAGGUAUAUCACCGGUCUGCCGCUUCUUCCGUUUAUGUCUAUCGGUUAACUGAGAAACUAGUUGUGACCUGGCCUUCGUCGGUUGCUAAAUUCUGA